UUGCACAGACAAAUGGAUGAAGACCAUUAUCUACCCGAUUCAGAUGAUAAUUACUCAUAUGAAUAUUCUUCUAAUGAAAGCAAUAUCUGCGAAAUGGGUGACUAUUUUGUAUUUUACACCCAUCUCACUACUGUCCUCUACACUCUGGCAUUUUUGCUCAGCCUGCUAGGAAACACUUUAGUGCUAUGGAUCCUAUUCAAAUAUGAAAAUCUUACAUCUUUAACGAACGUCUUCAUCAUGAAUCUCUGUGUCUCAGAUUUAGUCUUCUCCUGCAUGCUGCCCAUCUGGGCAGUGGACCAGUCCUUUGGGUGGAUUUUUGGUGAGUUCCUUUGCAAAGCGAUGAAUGCCGUUUUCUCCAUCGGGUACUACAGCGGUGUUUUCUUUUUGACUCUCAUGACUAUCCUGCGGUACUUGUCCAUAGUGAACCCCCUUUCGACUUUGAGAUCCCAGACACAGUGCUGUGGUUUUCUGGUGAGCUUGGUUGUUUGGACUGGUAGCAUAUUAAUCGUGGUUCCUGAGGUGAUUCACACCACAGUGCAAGAAGACUUGGAAGGGGACAAGACCUGUGAUUAUGCUGACUGGAAAUGGAAAAAGGUGGACAUUUAUCAGAGAAAUGUACUCUUCCUGUUUUCCUUUGGGGUGAUCGUAUUCUGCUACUUCAAGAUACUGCUAAUCCUGCUUGGAGCAAGAUCUCGCAGAAAGCACAGAACUGUGAAACUCAUCCUUAUUAUUGUGGUGGCUUUUUUCCUGAGCUGGGCACCUUACAACAUCCUCAGCUUUAUGAUUACUUUUCCACCACCUACCUGUCAGUAUCAAAAAGACUCCAACCUUGCCUUUCACAUCAGCCGUAAAAUUGCUUUCUCCCACUGCUGCCUCAACCCUGUGCUCUAUGUAUUUGUUGGAGUCAAGUUCAAGAGGCAUUUGUUACGUUUAUGCAGUCAGUAUUUACCCUGUGGCAAUGGUCAAGUCUCCAGUCCCAGGAUCUGCUCUCAAGGCAAAUUCCACUAUGAAGGUGCGUCCAUCUACUGAAGUGAGACCUAACUAUUAGCACUGAUCCUGGAUGAACUUUCCAAUUUUAAAAGCCAUGGAUAAUCUCUAAUUCUUAGAGGCACUUCCUUGAGAAAGACACACAAAUUUACUCUUUGCAAACAUGCUGUGUAUGGAAAGUGAUAAAAAAAUGUAUUUGCAGUGGGACGGAGAGCUGACACUGCUCAGAAAUUACUUCAUUGGCCUGUAAGUCUUAUCUUUAUGAGGUUUUGUGCAGUGAGAUGGAUUUUCUCUUAUUUAUAGUUUCUUUUCAAAAGCAAAAAAAAAUUUGCUUUUUCCUUUGGGAGCUAAAACAUCACAGUUUAAUGUAAAUGGUAUUGCAUGUUGCUUUCUUGCCUGACUUAAAAUACUUGGAUUGUAUAUAGCAAUGGACACAUACGUAUUUCUGUAGCUUUUAAUGCUUUACAGUGUUUAUCAGUGCCGAACUCAUUGGUUCUCUCUUUUUGGGGCUCUCAGGAUUAACUGUCUUGACAAUAGCUACAAGACCUCACAGUCUAUGAAGUUCUCAGUGCAAACUUCUUUUAUCUGUUGGUAGAUAAAUAUAUAUAAAACUAGCUUAGUGCAAAAGUAGUCUUUUGGGUCUGAAAUGGAAAGUUUGGGAGAGCCCUAGAAGGAACACAAGCUGUUAAGCAGAUACUUCACUAGGAUAUUAGUUUUUCUCCUGUUACUGCUCCUGCUGCAGGCACCUUCCAGUCUCUGAACAUCCCUUCAGGCGGUUGCAGUGGAUUGGCAGCCCAUCUCCGGAGCAGCGCAGGAGUCUAUUUGCCUCUAAAUGCUCUCUCCCUCCUUUUCUCCUUUUGCCAUGGUGCUGAGAAGAAUUAAGUUUUCUAAAAAGGUUGUAGUGCUAGAACAAAUGGCUUUUUUUA